UCGGGGUUGAGCUGGGACGGACGUGCGGAGCGGGUGGCGCAGGGGGGGGCGCGGAGUCUCCGGCCCGAGUGGGUGAUUCGGCGGGGCCCUUGCUAGGGAUCUUUAAAUGCCAGUUGGCUCUGCAGAUGCGAUGACGCGGUGGUACUUUGUGGCACUUUGGCCUUUGCAGACUUCUCAGAGAUUCCCCCGUCCUGGGACUCCAGGACGGAAUCCCCUGGAGAGGCAGAAGCUAUGAUGUGCUAGAAGACAAAACGUGUUUGGCGUAGGACCUGCAACGCCAGACAAAUAGAGAUGAUCCCCUCUGACUCCUUCUUCCAAGGCUUGGGAAGAUGGGUCUUGGUAAUGCCCAGGCGCCAAAAACCAAGAAGGGAUUGAAAGGCUCCAUUGAUGAUGUCCUCGGUGACCUCUUAGGGGAUGAGCUGACACUACCAGAGGAGCCUGUUAAACUGGCUUCACGUUCCCGAGAUGCCCAAGGCGUAGCCCAGGCUCUCCCUUCUUCCAGGGCUAGAACGAAGUCCCUCCUGGAAGACUAUGCCUUCAGUACCACCGCAGGCCUGACGGGACUUGAUGCUGAGGUGUCUGACGUCUCAGAUGCAGACCCACAGAAUUUGCUCCAGACUCUGAAGGAUCUGGAUGACAUGGAUGCCGAUCUCUUAGGUUUGAAGAAGUCUAAUCUGACCUCUAACAGAAGAGCUGCAAAGGGUUCUGGGAAAGAAGAGCUGCCCAGUCGUCCCAAACCUGCCAGUAUAUUGACAGCCAGUGAGAAAGGUGUUGCCACUCCUGCCAAGAAGCCCCCUCCCUCUCCCAACAACUUUGGGCAUCAGAACAGAAAGUUUUCCUUCAAAGACUUGGAAGACCCCUUGGCGGGACUUCUCUCUGACGAUGAGGAAGGGAUCACCAAGAAGCCACCUGGGGCAGCGAGUAAAGUGGCUUCUGAAAAGAGCCCAGCCCCAGUCAGAGAUCAAGGUCCAUCUAUCCCUCUAACUCCCGGGGACACCCCGGUCCGAAAGAGAGAAGAAGUGCUAUUUGAUGAGGAGGAUGAUGUCAUGGCCACCCUGGGGUUUGCAGACAGCCCCACGGCAGACAGGAGGCAGAUGGGCGACCAGGAAGGGCCCCGUUCUGCUCGUUCCAGGCUGGAUGAGCUGCUGGGUCUGGGCACUGCCACCAAACUCCUGGCCCGCCCAGGUACUGGGGAACGUAGAGAAUUCAGGCUGGACAAGAGGUACCAGAGGCCACAGGACAAAGAAGAUCCCCGGAGUGAUGAAGACUUCAUCUUCGGGGACUACCAGCCCACCGUGGGCUCCGGUGAGGGCCGGCAGUGUCGCCGGCAGUCGGUCAGUAGGUUCCUAGCAGAAGGUGGCGCAGACCCCAAGGGAGAACCAGGCUCCAAACAGAGCACCCUAGCGGCCUCCAGCCCCACCCACCCUAAGAAGGGAGGAGCUGACUGGUUGGGCCUCAAGGAUGAGGACCUGCUCCCUCCCUCUCCCACCGGAGAGGCAGAGGCGCAGAAGGGAGGCUCAGCACUCUCCACAUCCUCCGUGCUCCCUCCCAAGAGCCAGCACUCUGCCCCAGGCCGGCACUCUACCUCCCCUGGACUGCCCUCCUCCUCUUCGGGGGCCAAGCUACCAACUGGGGGUGCAGAUAUCCUUGCCAAAGCCAGUCAGGCCUCCAAGCUGGGAGCUUCUGAGGAGAAAGAGGAAGAGGAUUGGCUGAGUCAUGCCUUGUCUCGGAAGAAGUCCCAGGAUCUGGCCAGAGAGGAACACAGUGAGGCCUCUAAAGGCCAGAAUCUGGUGGGGGCAGGAGGCAGCCCCCCUGCCAGCAGCCAACCUGUUACCAGCGCGCAGGAGUUCGAGCAGGCAGCCACUGGAGGGCCCUCAGGAACAACACAGAAGCCACCUACAAGGCCCGCCACCUCGGGGUCCCCUGUGACUUGGAACCGGGCUGCCUCGACCCUCCCUGUAGGUGACCCAAAGAAGGGAACAGCCCUUGGAGACCUCUCCAGUGCUGAGCCUGCAGCUGGUCUCCCGAGGUCCCAGGAGCCCACAGGGCCUUCUCUGCCCGCCCAGCCUCUGCUCCCGGAGGCCCUGGUGCAGAGCCUGUUGCCAGGCACAGAAUACCAGAGACAGCUCCUGGCCGCACAGGUGCAGCUUCAGAGUGGCACUACUGAGCUCCAGGCUGACCUUCUGCAGAGUCAGGCCCAGCUGGCAGAGCUGGAGGCCCAGGUGCGGAAGCUGGAGCUAGAGCGGGCACAGCACCAGCUGCUGCUGGAGAGUUUGCAGCAGCGGCACCAGGCUGACCUAGAGCUCAUCGAGAGUGCUCACAGAAGCCGAAUAAAGGUGCUAGAAACAUCGUACCAGCAACGGGAAGAGCGGCUACGGAGGGAGCAUGAGGAGCUGUCGGCCCGGUAUCUGUCUCACUGCCAAGAAGCUGAGCAAGCCCACGCCGAGCUCACAGCCCAGCACCAGCGUCGCUUGGCGGCUGCCAUGCAAGAGAAGGACCAGGAGAUGGAGCGGCUUCGGGAGCUGCAGCGGGCCUCCAUCCUGGAGAUGCGCAAGGACCACGAGGAGCAGCUGCAGCGGAUGAAGCUGCUGAAGGACCGCGAGAUCGACGCGGUCACCAGCGCCACCUCCCACACGCGAUCCCUGAACGGCAUCAUCGAGCAGAUGGAGAAGUUCUCCAGCAGCCUGCACGAGCUGUCCUCCCGCGUGGAGGCCUCGCACCUCACCACCACCCAGGAACGGGAGCUCGGGCUCCGGCAACAUGACCAGCAGCUCCGAGCGCUGCAGGAGAGGCUGGGCCAGCAGCAGCGGGACAUGGAGGAGGAGCGGAGCCGGCUCCAGGAGGUCAUCGGGAAGAUGGAGGCGCGCCUGAACGAGCAAAGCCGGCUACUGGAGCAGGAGCGAUGGCGGGUGAAUGCCGAGCAGUCCAGAGUUGAGUCCGCGCAGCGCGCUCUGGAAGAGCAGAGGAAGGUCAUGGUCCAGCAGAUCGCCAUGGAGCGGGAGGAGCUGGAGAAGGCCAAGAGUGCCUUGCUGGAGGAGCAGAAGUCUGUCAUGCACAAGUGUGGGGAAGAGCGGCGGCGCCUUGCAGCCGAGUGGGCCGAAUUCUAUGCACAGCAAAAGCUGAGUAAGGAACGGGCCGAGCGUGAGGCAGAGAGGGCACUGCAGGUGGACACCCAGCGGGAGGGCACCCUCGUCAGCCUGGCCAAGGAGCAAGCCGAGCUAAAGAUCAGGGCCAGUGAGCUCCGAGCCAAGGAGGAGCAGCUGGCAGUCGAGAGGGAAGCCCUGGAGCGGGAGCGACAGGAGCUGCGGCUGGAGAAGGAGAGGGUCAGCACUGCUGCCCUGCGUACCAGGCUCCGCGCUGAGGAGGUGGAGAGCAUGAGCCAGGUCGCCUCAGAGAAGUUCGAAGAGGGGCAGCGGGCCUUGUGUGAGGCCCGGCAGGUGCAGCAGCAGCAGCAGGCUCGACUGCAGCUGGUACAGCAGCAGCAGGAGCACCUACGACAGCAGGAGCAACACAUGCACCAGGAGCAUCUGAGUCUGGCUCACCAGAGGCUGCGGCUGGACCGAAUCAGACAGGACCUGCCCUCCAGCCCCGUGGUGCUCCUCCCCAAGGCCCAGGGCCCUGCAGCCUCCUGCCUGAGUGCCAUCGUGGCCCCCACUCCCACCGUCCCCCAGGGCAUCCAGCCACCCACCGGCCUGGGCCCCUCACUUCUCCACGCCAAGCUGGUGCUGCUAAAGCACACAGCGGAGCAGGACCGUGACUUCUUGGAGAAUGAACAGUUCUUCCUGGAGACCCUGAAAAAAGCCUCCUACAACAUGACAUCCCAUUCAGCCUGAAGGGUGCCACUGGCUCCUCAGCAGAGGCCUCCAACCCUGCAAGGCUCUCCCACCAGCCCUCUGGCUGCUGGCCCCGAGGAGGGGGUACCCGAGGAAAGCUCUACAGCGCGCAGAGCCUGAUUCCAGCUCCUCCUGGGGACAGGGUGCAAGUGCCUCCUGCAUGCUCCAGCCUCUAGGGCCUAAGGAGCAGUGGCCUCUGGGGAGAUGUGAUGCUGAGAGUGUCUCAGCCCCACGACACUACCAGUCACAGCUUCGUUCUCCAACAUCCCAGCUCAGAUCCAUCCCCCAGACUCCCAGCUCAGAUCCGAGGGUCUGAUGGGCCCUGUGGACUCCUCCCCUCCUCAGCAGGCAGAGGGUUUGGGGAUAUUCUCACCCGAGCCUCUUCUGAGGCAGGGGGUCUUCUUGAGAGAUGCCACUCCUGCCCUCCAUCCUGAGAGGCCAAGAGAGACAGCACAGGCUCUCCUCCCUAACUGGGACAUAGAGUCAGCACAUGUUUUGAAGUGCCUUCUAUGCUCCUGACCAAGGAGGCGGGCGGUGUUGUGGUGGCAGGAAGGGCACCGUGCCCAGCUAGGUUUUCCCGUGCCAUCUUGUGCUCUCAGGUUGGCUGGCAUAAACUCCCUGCCUCAUUUCCAGCUGCCUGAGGCCCUGACCAGCCCCACGCAAACACUGGCCUGUCACUUCUUGUGAUUAGGGCUUCCUGGAGGCAGGACUGGGACUGACUUAGGGUGUGGGGAGGGACCAGAGAGAGGCCUCUCUGUCCUGUUCACCUGAUACGAGGCCACAGCAGAUGGGAACAAAGACAAGGGAGUGAGGGCCCCUGCCCCAGGAGAGUAGAGUGUAUGGGGAACCCCACGGGGCCUAAUCCAGGCUGCUCACCCCUAGGAAGGCGCCUUUGCACUUUUCCCUCCAGGGGCACCAGGAGGGGGGCGGAGGCUUUUUCCAGCAAACCCGAGACAGAUGGACUCCACUAGCAUGACCAUGGUUACUCUUGAAGCGGCUUCCCUCAGCCAGUGACUGGUUUACCUUCCACUGGAGGACAAAGGGCAGAAGAGGACAAGGCUGAGAGGGUAUAAGCAGGCGCAGUUUCUCUCCUCCUUCAGAACAGCCUUUAGAAGGAUCUUCAUUUACCAACAAGUUCCAGCCUUCACCUUGGACCCAUUAAACUGCUAUAUUCCUAACGAC